GGCUCUUUGAAGCAUCUGUGAAGAGAUCAAGAUCAUUUUCUCUCAAUGUUGCACGAGCUAAGAAAAAUCAGAGAGAGUGAGGUGAGUUGUACGGUAUGCUCAAAUGCCUUUUACAGAUGGUAAUGUUGACUCUGGAAGAGUCAUGCAGUCUUGGCUGCUUCAGGCCAGGAAACAUCACUAGCACUAGGGCCAUGUGGGACCUCUCCUUACAAAAAGGAGGAAAAAAAGUUUGACAUUUUUUCACAGCCCAUUGUAAGCAAUCAGGCAAAUAGAAGCUUGCAGUUGUGCAGUGCACAGGAACUUCUUUUCAGAAGGCGGAAAGCAAUGCUCAGGCUACUGACAGAGGACGAAACAGACCCACAAGGAUAUAUUCUUAUGACACUGGCAGAAGGCUAAAGCACCAGCGGGUCUUCUGAAGCUUAUUUCCAGUCACUUGGGUGUGAUUGCUCCUGAAUGCACAUUCAAGCUUCUGUACUGCAGGCAGUGAAGAGCCACAGAUGCACUCAACUGCACUCUUACUUUUCAACUCUGCAUCUGUCUCCACGCACAAGCCAAAGCUGUACCCACGGGAAAAGGAUACACAUGUUUUAUUGAGUGAACUACAGGUGUUUUAAGCGAGGUGCUGGUUGACUGGAAAUUUUUCCCUUCCUCUCCCCGUCUUUGGAGUGAUCUACUGCAUCUUUGGAACCAGUAUGUCAUUUGUCGAAGUGCUAUGCUUGAUAUUCUUCCUGCUGGGAUCUGGGGAGGCUCAGGUUGCCGCUCAAACUCAGGAGCAGAGUCAGGAGCAGGACAGUUCUUCCAACCCUUGGAGACAGGUGAUACAGUGGGAGAACAAUGGGCAGGUGUACAGCCUGCUGAACAGUGGAGCUGAAUAUGUCCCUGCAGGGACAGGCGCUCAAGAUAGAGGCCCCAGUGUGGUUUUAGCAGAAUCCCGUCCACGCUCUUCACGCAGACCUCAGGGAGGCUUUGUUCGCAGACAAGCUCCGUCCAGUGGAUCCUCCGAAACUGUCCGGGGGCAGACUAGGCAUCCAUUUGGCUUUGGACAUGUACCUGACAACUGGAGGCAAACCACAGGACGCUCAAGUAGCAGCCGGUUUCAGGGAUCCUCUAGCAGUCGCCUCCGUCCAUCUACAGGCUCCUCAUCAUCAUCGUCAUCCUUUUCUUCAUCUUCAUAUAACGUACCGUCAUAUUCACAGCUUCCCCUUCCACAGCAGCCUCCCUUUCAAACUUUUGACCCUAAUUUUGCAGAUGUACCAGUCAGAAGUUUUGAGCCCCCCUUUCAGCCCAUCAGCGGUGCUUAUGGUGGUGGAGGUUAUGGGGCAGGCUACAACGGAGGUGGAUAUGGAGGCAGCUUGGGCCCUGUGGUCCCAGGCUCUGCGUCCGACUUUCCUGACAACAGCUACUACUACUAUCAGUCUUACGCAUACGGACCCAAUCCAGUGGCUCCCGCACAGGCUGCACAGCCCCCGUUCAGAGAUGGUCUUGACCACCGAUACACUCACAGCAUCUACAAUGAGGAAACAGUUCCUGCUGUCCCUGUCCCAGAUGCGAGCCUUGUAAUGGACCGACCAGGAUCUGCCAGUCAGCCACAAAUCCGAAGUCCUCAAUAUGAGCAGUUCCCUCCAUUCGGAAGACCCCGACCUCCCUUUAUGCAGUCAGGGUCUCAAAGCAGAAAUUCUCCAAACUCUGCCCCUGAGAGCUCCAACACAAACGGUGCGAGUGUGUUACGGCGGGCACAAAGAGGUUUGCCUGAUCUGGUUCCUGAUCCUAACUAUGUUCAAGCUUCCACAUACAUCCAGACAUCCUUCAUGUAUGCUCUGCGCUGUGCUGCUGAAGAAAAAUGCUUGUCAAGCUCUGCAUACAGUCCUGACAUCACCGACCUAAGCGUGAGGGUGCUGCUGAGGUUUCCACAGAGGGUGAAGAACAAGGGCACAGCAGACUUCAUGCCUAACAGACCACGUCAUACCUGGGAAUGGCACAGCUGUCAUCAGCAUUUCCACAGCAUGGAUGAGUUCAGCCAUUAUGAUUUACUGGAGGUCAACACUGGCCGUAAAGUGGCAGAGGGGCACAAGGCCAGCUUCUGUCUGGAGGACACAACCUGUGACUUUGGUCACUUGAAGCGUUACGCCUGCACCUCUCACACUCAGGGUCUGAGUCCAGGCUGCUAUGAUACAUACAAUGCUGAUAUUGACUGCCAGUGGAUCGAUAUCACUGAUGUCAAACCUGGAAACUACAUACUUAAGCUCACUGUUAAUCCCAAAUACUUGGUGCGGGAAUCUGACUACACAAACAAUGUGGUUCGGUGUAACAUCCACUACACGGGACGCUUUGUGACAACUAACAACUGCAAGUUAGCACAGUCUUGAUUUGGCACUGGAAGACUGCCACAUUAGAGUGACCCUGAUUUCUAUUCUGUUGAAAUGUGAAUGGUAUUCAUUUGUUUUGUGGUUUGCUGCAUCAAGUUGUUUCCCCAACUUUUCCCUUUAUGUUUCUUUCAGAACACUGAGCCCACUUGCAGAUUGAGUUCCACUGAGAAUGUAGGGGUUUAGAGUAAACAAGCACACUCCUAAAUUGUUGCCUAAUGUAUUUCUGGAUGUCAUUAUUUCAGAAAUGAACUGAUGAGUCACAGCCUUGCAUAGAAGUAGUCUUCUGGAGAUUUAUUUGGCUGUUUUAAGAGUUUAAUAUGAUUGCAUGCUAGUUUACCCCACUGGCGUCUCAAGGAGGUGUUAACCUCUCACAGAGGAGUGUGAGUUUAGAUGCAGAUAGUAAAAAUGAAAGCAAAAGUCCUGUGUUUACUUGUGCGGGGUGGAAACACAAAUAGAAGCCUAGAGUCUCAGAAGUACAAUUGUUCGUUUUUUUCUCACUUCCCCUCUUUAGAGGGUCAGGCUGAGGAUUUGUUAACUACAAGAGGAAGACAGCAAGUUAAAUUUAGUUUUAAUGUUUUAACCCCUAAAUCCCUCCACAAAUCAAGUCCCUGCUUUUCCUUCCUUAUUUAACAGGAACAAGAUGCUCGGCUGGCAGGAAAGAGUACGGUACUUUAAAAGUGUGUUGUCAUCUCUUGCUCAGCUGCCAACACUGGUCAGAUGGCACAUAGGUCAUCUAUACCUUUGAAGAAUGUUUAUUCAAAUAUUCCACUGAUGCAUGACGUUAGCGGUUGGUAUUAACUUGAUGUAACUGACUGUAAGCUCUUCACCAAUUUUCAUGUUACUGUAAUUUUUUUGCCGCUUCUUAUUCUGAAUUAUUCAAGUAGUGCAGUAUGUUAAGAAUGCAGAUAAUAUUAAUAAUAAUGCAGUGAUGUAUAUGAAUGCAGAGAAACAAAAAGUAAUGUCUACCUACCUCUACUGUUGGGUAAACUGUGGUUUCCAGUAAAUAUCCCAGUUAUUAUUUACUGCAAUUGAUCUGAUAUGUUUGAGUAUUCUGGUUCUGUUUGCCAACACUUGUGCUUGAGUCAAAAUAGAAAUAGAAAUUACUUGAACUUACAUGCUUUAGAAAUUAAAUGGCCAGGCAGAAACUCCCAAGAGAUGUUAUGCUGCACCCAUUAUGUGCCAUACUUCCCCUGAAAUUCAAGCUGAUCUUCUUUCUCAAGAAAAACUCUUCUUAUCUUGGUUUACUGAUACUUGAGUCUGAUUUCUUUUUUUUAAUACAUGUUUUUUUCAGUGAAGGACUUUUUUUGUGAACAUCAGCAAGACGUUUUUUUGUUUUUGUUUUUAAGCAUGGUAGUCAGCAAAAAGACAAAUAUGAGAAUUUUGGAGGUAAAGUGAAAUUGCAAAAAAGAAAAGAAAAACCUUAUAUCAUUGUUUUCAUAAACUGCAUUAACAAAAAUAAAAGCAAAGCAAAAGCUAUGUGUUUCCACAGUGAUACAUAUUAUUUCAUAAACUUUCAUCCUGAAUCCAAAA